CUCCUUAAAAGUGGGGGGGCUGGACGAAAGCGCCGGGAAACGAGGAGCUGUCUCCGUUACGCGUGGUGCUGAAAGUGCCGCUCGCCGCAUCAUGUGGUCGGUCUUCUUUGUCUUUCUGUCUUAUCUGGACAGAAACUUUGUCAAAGCCGACUUCCUCAGUCGCGCUUUAGACGUGGAGAAGCAGAGCAAAGAGAUGAUUUCCAUGCUCAACGGCACGUUUUGCGCAAAAAUGUCAGCUUUGGGGGAGAAUUUCUUUUACCAAGUGUCAGAUGGUACCGAAUUGGUGCGCUCGGUGGUCAGCCCAGACCAGAAUCUCGUGGACUGCUCCAUCACGGCGCAUCAAAUGCAUGUGAAGUCGUUCGUGCAUGAGUGCAGGUUAUGGCGGAAAGGCGAGAGAGCCGGCUGGCAGUUGGAGACGCGCUUUGCGCAAAAGGAUGAAGCCAAGAUGAUGUGCCAAGAGUUUAAAAAGAGUUCGGGGCGCGGUGGUGUGGUACAAAAGGACGAGCCAAAUGAGUCGACGCUGCAGGACGAGGCUCGGAAACGGUCUAAGAGAGGCUUCACAUAUCCCGGGACCGUGUGGUGUGGACUUGGUAAUAUGGCAGAUGACUAUGACCAGCUGGGAGACUUUGCGGAGACCGACAGCUGCUGCCGCAUCCACGACCACUGUCCUCACGUCAUCCACGCCUUCUCCUCUCAUUAUGGGUACACGAACUUGAAAUGGCACUCCAUCUGUCACUGCGACUGCGACAAUGCCUUAAAGGACUGUCUGAGGAAAGUCAACGACACAUCUUCUAGAGUUGUCGGUCAGGCGUUCUUCAACGUUAUCGGUGUGUCUUGCUUCGACUUUGUCUAUGAAGAGCAGUGUGCAGAGCGGCAUUGGUAUGGCUGGUGUAAGCGAUAUGAGAAGCUCCCUAUUGCCGUGGUGAAAGAGGCCGCGCCAUACGACUUUGGUGGGAUUGAUGUCAUCGAUGAGCUGACUGUGGCUCCUCCCAGGAGGAAGGAUUUCAAGAAGAGCCAAGAGGAGGGGAAACCGGAGAGCGCGACUCCAUCCACGCUGUCAGGACCCAAAGAGCCUUCACUCACUAACGUCGUCACAGCUGCAGAGGACUUCAUCAAGGUGCUCGCCACUGUCUCCACCUCGCAAAGUUCCAACACCGACUCUGACAAAGGCGAGACGCAAAGUUCAGAGAAGAAAAAGAAGAAGAACACCGGAAAGAAGAAGAAAACCACCAAAAAGCAAAAAAGAAAAGAGAUGCUGAGGAAGAGAAAACAGAAAUCUGAGGUGAGUGUGAGAGUUGAAGUGGGAGCUGCAGUUUCACCCUCUGGCAACAAAACCAAAGGGGUCGUCGCUCUAAGCAACUUCAUUAUUGAGUCACACAAACACAAUCAGUCAAGUAGAAAUAUGUACAGAGCUGAAGAGAGCAGGUAUGACCUUGGAAGAGAAGAGGAACCUUCCAACAAAGUCAUGAAAGAUGAACCGGCAAUGCUUUCUGUUACGCCAAGGGUUCAAAAUGAGCCAGCAAAGUCGGACAGUGCUGCAUCGUCUACAUCAACACGUAUGCUGGGCGGUGAUGCAUAUAAAGCCAAAAACAGAAGACUGAGUAAGAAAAGGCGAAGAAAGAACGAGUCACAGGACGCAAACACAACGGAAAACUUAAGUGGCAUUAAUGUUCCUGCCAUCAUUCCCAUCACCACAACCACACAGGCCCCACAAAAAAACUCAGGAAGCAACACUAAGAAGCAGCCUGUCCUCAGCGCUGCGAGCAAACCGGUUGUAACGCUCAAAGUCAAACAAGACAGGUCAAUGGAGAGGGAAGAUGGAGAGCAACGGAGGAAAAUGAGGAAAGACAGCUCAGGUUCUCCCAUUGUUUCUACUGGCCUCAAAAAUUCCUCUGCAGAAAGUGUGAACACGAUCCCUCCCACCAGGGCUCCCACAGUGGCCUGGGUUUCCCACAGGCGGGAGGUUUGUGGAGGCCGGUCGAACCUUUGCGUCGGUGUUUUAAAAAGGCAAAGGAUGAGGAACAGGAGGAGGAAACCCGCCUUACCUUUUUCCGAUGAAAAUCAACCUUUGCAGAACAACAGCAGCGACCGUGAGAAUGCGCUCCUUAGUCCCACGGGCGCCGCGCUGAACAGUUUGGCAGAUGAUGCUGCAACUAGCAGGUUCACAGAAAACUCUGGAACUCUUAAUGAACAGAGGCUUUUGAGCACAGCUGCCUCCAGUGUGACCACAAAGCAACACAUGCACACCAUCAGAAAACAGAGGAGGCCGAGAAAGAAGGCCGAACCCGCCGCUCUCAGCAGCACCGAAGAGCUUCAUAUGCACAGACCUGGCAGGUCGUACAUGGCCACCACAGGAUCUCCUGCCAUGAGUCCAGUUCAGUUCACUAGCAAGAACAAAGGCACAGUUCACUAGGACGAAGCGACAACUAGGACGUGGUGUAGUAGCACAACACAAGGCUUAAUGGAAGGUCAACGACAGAAUUAAAAACAGAAGUAACAUCUUCACUUUUUAACUCAAUAAAAUCCUAUUAACCCUCAUGCUGUGAGAAUCACCUUUUGUCAAACCUUAUUCUGCAUGUCUCUAAUAAAAUUUGAUU